AUGAAGAGUGACUGGUCAAAGGGUCACUUUGAUGAUUUUAAAGGACAACAACCCUCUGCUGCAAGAGUGGACCAGGAGAGCUCAGAGGUUCCCAGUGGUCAGUCUGCCCAGCAACAUCACACAAACCUGGACUCCAUAUUUAUGAAGAUGCAGAGGGAUCUGAGUUCAGAUUACCCAGAAUGCUUAGAGAGUCAGAGGGAGGAUGAGGAGGUGUUGAAUGAUGGGGAGGAAGAGCAGAGGAGGAGCAACAGAGAGGCAUUUCUGAAGAUCACACUGCACUUCCUGAGGAGAAUGAAGCAGAAGCGGCUGGCUGAUCAUCUGCAGAGCAGAAGUCCUGCAGUUUGUCAGUCUAAACUCAAGUCUAAUCUGAAGAAGAGGUUCCAGUGCAUGUUUGAGGGGAUUGCUAAAGCAGGAAACCCAACCCUUCUGAAUCAGAUCUACACAGAGCUCUACAUCACAGAGGGAGGGACUGCAGAGGUCAAUAAUGAACAUGAGUUCAGACAGAUUGAAACAGCAUCCAGGAAACCAGACAGACCAGAAAGAACAAUCAGACAUGAAGACAUCUUUAAAGCCUCACCUGGAAGAGAUGAACCAAUCAGAACAGUGAUGACAAAGGGAGUGGCUGGCAUUGGGAAAACGGUCUUAACACAGAAGUUCACUCUGGACUGGGCUGAAGACAAAGCCAACCACGACAUACACUUCACAUUUCCAUUCACUUUCAGGGAGCUGAAUGUGCUGAAAGAGAAAAAGUACAGCUUGGUGGAACUUGUUCAUCACUUCUUUACUGAAACCAAAGAAGCAGGAAUCUGCAGGUUUGAAGAGCUCCAGGUUGUGUUCAUCUUUGACGGUUUGGAUGAGUGUCGACUUCCUCUUGACUUCCACAACAAUGAGAUCCUGACUGAUGUUACAGAGUCCACCUCAGUGGAUGUGCUGCUGACAAACCUCAUCAGGGGGAAACUGCUUCCCUCUGCACGCCUCUGGAUAACCACACGACCUGCAGCAGCCAAUCAGAUCCCUCCUGAGUGUGUUGACAUGGUGACAGAGGUCAGAGGGUUCACUGACCCACAGAAGAAGGAGUACUUCAGGAAGAGAUUCAGAGAUGAGAAGCAGGCCAGCACAAUCAUCUCCCACAUCAAGACAUCACAAAGCCUCCACAUCAUGUGCCACAUGCCAGUCUUCUGCUGGAUCACUGCUACAGUUCUGGAGAAUGUGUUGAAAAGCAGAGAUGAAGGAGAGUUGCCCAAAACCCUGACUAAGAUGUACAUCCACUUCCUGGUGGUUCAGUCCAAACUGAAGAACAUCAAGUAUGAUGGAGGAGCUGAGACAGAUCCACACUGGACUCCAGAGAGCAGGACGAUGAUUGAGUCUCUGGGAAAACUGGCUUUUGAGCAGCUGCAGAAAGGCAACCUGAUCUUCUAUGAAUCAGACCUUACAGAGUGUGGCAUCGAUAUCAGAGCAGCCUCAGUGUACUCAGGAGUGUUCACACAGGUCUUUAAAGAGGAGAGAGGGCUGUACCAGGACAAGGUGUUCUGCUUCAUCCAUCUGAGCGUUCAGGAGUUUCUUGCUGCUCUUCAUGUUCAUCUGACAUUCAUCAAGUCUGGAGUCAAUCUGCUGGCAGAAGAACAAACAACAUCUCAGAAGUCUGAAACUAAACAAGAAUCUGCAAUGGCACAUCUCCACCAGAGUGCUGUGGACGAGGCCCUGAAGAGUCCAAAUGGACACCUGGACUUGUUCCUCCGCUUCCUCCUGGGUCUUUCACUGCAGACCAAUCAGACUCUCCUACGAGGUCUGCUGACACAGAAAGGAAGUAGCUCACAGACCAAUCAGGAAACAGUCAAGUGCAUCAAGAAGAAGCUCAGUGAGAAUCUGUCUGCAGAGAGAAGCAUCAAUCUGUUCCACUGUCUAAAUGAACUGCAUGAUCAUUCUCUAGUGGAGGAGAUCCAACAGUCCCUGAGUUCAGGAAGUCUCUCCACAGAUAAACUGUCUCCUGCUCAGUGGUCAGCUUUGGUCUUCAUCUUACUGUCAUCAGAAAAAGAUCUGGACGUGUUUGACCUGAAGAAAUACUCUGCUUCAGAGGAGGCUCUUCUGAGGUUGCUGCCAGUGGUCAAAGCCUCCAACAAAGCUCUGCUGAGUGGCUGUAACCUCUCAGAGAGAAGCUGUGCAGCUCUGUCCUCAGUUCUCAGCUCCCAGUCCUCUAGUCUGAGAGAGCUUGAUCUGAGUAACAACAACCUGCAGGAUUCAGGAGUUAAGCUGUUGUCUCCUGGACUGGGGAGUCCACACUGUGCACUGGAAACUCUCAGCCUUUCAGGAUGUCUGAUCACAGAGGAAGGCUGUGCUUCUCUGGCCUCAGCUCUGAGCUCCAACCCCUCCCAUCUGAGAGAGCUGGAUGUGAGCUACAAUCAUCCAGGAGACUCAGGAGAGAAGAUGCUGUCUGCUGUAGAGGAUCCACGCUGGAGACUGGACACUCUCAGGCUGCAGUCUGCUGGAGGCCAAUGGUUGACACCAGGUCUGAGGAAGUAUUUCUGUCAACUCACACUGGAUCCAAACACAGUAAACAGAAAACUCAAACUGUCUGACAACAACAGGAAGGUGACGUAUGUGGAGGAGGAGCAGUCAUAUCCAGAUCAUCCAGACAGAUUUGACUGCAGGUGGCCUCAGCUGCUAUGUAGCAAUGAUCUGACUGGUCGCUGUUACUGGGAGGUUGAGUGGGAAGGACAGGCUUUCAUAUCAGUGACUUACAGAGGAAUCAGAAGGAAAGGAGACAGUGAUGACUGUGGGUUUGGAAGGAAUGAUCAGUCCUGGAGUCUGAGGUACUCUGAUGGUGGUUACUCUGUCUGGCACAAUAACAGUGGAUCAUCCAUCUCGUCGUUGUCGUCCUCCUCCUCCUCCUCCUCUGUCUCUAACAGAGUAGCAGUGUAUGUGGACUGUCCUGCUGGCACUCUGUCCUUCUACAGAGUCUCCUCUGACUCACUGAUCCACCUCCACACCUUCAACACCACAUUCACUCAGCCUCUGUAUCCUGGGUUUGGCUUUCGGUCUCAUGACAAGUUUGGUUCCUCAGUGUCACUGUGUUCUCUGUAGGAGGGAGAGUCUCCUGCUGUUAGAGAAACUUUUUCAUGUUAUUUAGUAACAACCUGAUAUCUGUGGCUGUAAAUGCAGUGUCUAAACCCAACAUGGUUUCAUGUGAAACACGAUGAGUUGUCGCCUGCUGAGUGUCUUUAUCCUGCUGUCUGUCAUCACGCUGCUGCUUCCUGCAGCUGAGACACAAACAAACUCCAACUAUUCAAUCUGGAUGACUUCAGCUAAACACAUUUUAAUUCAUAUGUUAGUGUCAGUCAGAAGGAUGACACUUUUAUGUUUUGUCUUCUGGUUAAAUAUAUAGAAUUAUAAUGCACUCAACAUAUUAUCUAUGUUGGGUGGACGAAAUGCAGUAUUUGAAAAAAAUGUCAUUUAAG